AGAUCAACACCAUUCCCACGCCACUCCCAGAACUUCCCCACCCCGCUCCUAAACCCGGAACCACGAACGCGAUCCAUGGCGGCGGCGGGUUGGCUCCGACGUGCGGCGGCGGCGUCGAUGCCCCGCCUGCCUUCCGGACUUCCCCUCAUACCGCCUCCUCCCCCCGCCCCUCUCACCGAGGCGCAGUCGCUCGUGGUCCCUGGCCUCGGCGCCGCCGCCGGACCAGCCAUGGAGCUCAUGGCCGUUCCUAAGAAGAAGGUCUCCAAGUACAAGAAGGGUUUGAGGAAUGGACCCAAAGCUUUGAAGCCUGUGCCGGUGAUUGUUCGUUGCAGGUGCUGCGGUCGAGUGAAGCUACCUCACUUCUACUGCUGCAGCGGAGAAAGAGGAAACCCAAGCGAGUCAAGCUCAUAAAUGUUUUGUUUGCCUACUUUGCGCUCUAUGCUAGGUCUGAACUCUGGACAUCGUAAUACCACUGAAAUAAAUUCUCAGAUCGCAUUUGGUAUUCACCUAUUGUUCUCCUUCCAAGCAUUUAAUCAAUGUACACUUACUCUAGUUUGAAUUCAAAGUUCUCUCAGCUCGUGGCAAGAACGUACACGUUCUGAUAUACUCAGUGUAAUGAACUAUUGACGUAGUACUAGUUUGAAUUCGAAGUAUCAGCGUCAAA